GCGGAUGUUGAUUCGGAAACGCUGUUGGAGCAGUUGUGGCUUCCUCAAAAAAAAAAAAAAAAAAAAAAAAAACUAGCUGUAUGGCUAAAUAUCUCUCAUAACACAUUAAUACUGCGGACACAGACACAUCUACAGUUAAAGCGUAACCUUUCAUGAAGCUGGCAGUGACAUCACUCACAAACACAAGUGUCUGGACUGAGCAGGAUGCGAGCAAAAAAACCAAAACAAAAACCACUGCAGGAAAUUAGCCCGUUAGCUUAGACAGACAAGACAGCCAAGUCAAGUGUUGUUAUGAGGCUUAUUUGUACCUCUUUAUGCUCAUACUUGAUUUAACCAAGCGCUGCACGAUGGACACCGAGGCUAUAGUGAUCCGUAUAAAAACGCCGUCAGGGGACAUGGACUCGUCCGUCGACUGUCCAUCUCUUCUCAACUUCAAUGACUUGCUGCUCGCCAUCAGAGAUGUCAUGCCUGAAGCCACUGUCACGGCCUUUGAAUAUGAAGAUGAGGUGGGAGACAGAAUCACUGUAAGAAGUGAUGAAGAACUCAACGCCAUGUUAUCAUAUUACUGCAACACAAUGAAUGAACAACGCAUGAAUGGACUGCUGCCGGACCCUCUACAGAUUUUUCCACGAGCCGGCAAGACUCCAGGGAUCCGGAACAUACAUGGCCUGAAGGUUAAUACAAGACCUAACCCAGCCAAUGACUGCACUCAUGCUGUCCCAGACUCCAUGGCCAACAACAGCUUAAAAAAAUCAUCUGCUGAGCUGAAGAGGAUCCUGACAAAUGGGCAGAUAAAUGCCCAAGAUAUCCACUAUCAAGAGCAGCUUGGCCAUGGAAACGGAGGCACAGUUUACAAAGCUUAUCAUCUUCUCGGCAAGCGGGUUUUAGCUGUCAAGGUCAUUCCCCUGGAUAUCACAGUGGAAUUACAGAAGCAGAUCAUGUCAGAAUUAGAAAUCCUCUACAAGUGUGAUUCACCCUACAUCAUCACUUUCUUCAGUGCCUUUUUUGUAGAGAACAGGAUAUCCAUAUGCACAGAAUUUAUGGACGGUGGUUCUCUGGACGUGUACAAAAGAAUUCCAGAGCACGUGCUGGGGAGGAUCGCAGUGGCAGUAGUGAAAGGCCUGACAUAUCUGUGGAGCCUGAAGAUACUUCACAGAGAUGUCAAGCCUUCCAAUAUGCUGGUGAACACCCGGGGACAAGUCAAGCUCUGUGACUUUGGUGUCAGCACACAGUUGGUGAAUUCUAUAGCCAAAACUUAUGUGGGAACUAACGCAUACAUGGCGCCGGAAAGGAUAUCAGGGGAACAGUAUGGAAUCCAUGCAGAUGUGUGGAGUGUGGGAAUCUCUUUCAUGGAGUUGGCGCUAGGCAUGUUCCCCUAUCCACAGAUUCAGAAAAACCAAGGAUCUUUAAUGCCUCUCCAGUUACUGCAAUGCAUCGUUGAUGAGGAUCCUCCAGUUCUUCCUGUCAGCCAAUUCACUGAGAAGUUUGUUCACUUCAUCACUCAGUGUAUGCGGCGGCAACCCAAAGAGAGACCUGCCCCUAAUAACCUCAUGGAUCAUUCCUUCAUCAUUCAGUAUAAUGACGGUAAUGCAGAGGUGGUGUCCAUGUGGGUUUGUCGCUGUCUGGAGGAGAGGCGAGCUCAGCAGGCUCAGGGACACGUCUGACGUCCUCCUGCUGUCUGCCCAUGAUGGACCAGGACGUUUGAAACCUUCAACACUUAUCAAUGGCUUCAAGGUCCAGUACGUCCAUAUGCACUGUAAAAGUGACUUGAUAUACACGGACAAAAAUCACUAGAUGUUGAAUACUUUAGGUGAGUAAAUCUCACCUGGAGUGUGUAUGUGUGUGUGCUAUAUGCCAUGACAUUGAGGAGCUCACAUCUUUUGAACUCUGCAUCCAAAAAGCGCACAGAGAUUUCUUUGUAGCGUGAGGUCUCCAUCUGCAGCUUCGUCCCCAUGUUUUUUUGAGAGAUACAGAACUGCAGCGAGCGCCACAGUCGUCUGAGUGAAGAGAAACGGUCCUGAUUAACAGGAUCAGUGACAAUAAACAAGUUCAAAGCAUAAGACUGCAAUACGCUGACAGAGUUUUUGCUCUGUUUCUAGGAUGGUGUCUCAAAUAACCAUUGUGUGCUUUACUGUUGACAGCCCUCUAGUGAAUGUUAAGGUUUUUGCCUGUGAAUAACUGCCCAUGUGUGUGCCUGUUUUUCCAGUGGUGUAAUUUAUUACCUCAACAAACUUUUAAGUUGUCACUGUAAUAUGAAAACUUCCCCCCAAAAUUGUUCCUGUUUUAAUACCAGGAGUAAAACAUUUGUAUCCAGUCAUUCCCUAACAUUGUGAGGUUGGGGUGUUACAUGGAUACAAAGCUCUGUCUGUCUUAAGGGGUGUUGGAAUGAAACAAGCCUGCAGUAUCAAUGAGUUUGAAGCACUGACACACAUUUUAUUUUCUUGGCUCUCAAGCUUACUGACCAAACAGUUUGUUGUUCACACUCAUCAAGUGGAAACCCCCACCCUUGUUUUAUUUUAAUGUUUAAAACUGUUUUUAACUCGGUUGCACAUCUUUUAUUUCCAUUUGCAAGGAAAUGCUCGACGUUGAAUGCCACUGAACCGACCCUUUGGAGAGGAAAUUGUGCUGAAGCAGUUCUCCUCAUUACUUCAACUGCUAUUUGUUUUUCUUUGAAAGAGUAAUGUAACAGAAUCCGUAACUCUUCCUUCCCUUACAGACUAACUCUUUAUUAAUUCUAACUUGUUUUAUCCACUUUCUCACCAGUAAAUCCUUUCUUUAGCUAAAUAUGUCAUGUACUAUACAGAGAGUUUACGUUUCUGUUGCAUUACUCGUGAGUGCUGUAGAGGGGGAAACGAUAAUGCCGUGCACUAAACACCAAAGACCACUGACGACUCAAACAAUGGAUUACAUUGAUUUCUCAUGACUGAGGCUGAACGUAAAAUGAAUCGCUUGACACGGUCUUUAUGUGUAGCUGUUGAAAUGUGUAAUGCUCAAGUGCAAUUAACUUCCAUUACUUCCACAAAGGCACAGUAAACGCAGCCUACACUGACAUGAUGUGUGCGGUGUGAGCAUCGCUGGAAACGAAUGUAACGGCAGUACAUCAGCGCAACAGAAAAGGCUUAAAAACCAGUGUGUAGGAAAUUAGUGGCAUCUAGUGGUGGGAUUGCAACCAACGGGAACCACUUGACUCAAUAAAGCGUGUAGGAGAAGGCCCUAUCAACAGUCAGUGUUUGGUUUGUCCACUCUGGGCUGUUGUAGAAACAUGGCAGUUUAACAUGGCGGACUCCGUAGAAGAUAACCCACUCCCUCUGUAGAUAAAAACGGCUCAUUCUAAGUUAACAAAAAGACAACAAUUAUUAUUUUCGGGUGAUUAUGCAUUAAUUAAAACAUACCUAUAAAUAUUAUUCAAUUUCUGCCAAUAGAUCCUCCUAAAUGUUACACACUGGACCUUUAAGCAUCAGUUUAUUUUACAUGUUGAGUAGUUUCUCCAUUACACUGCUCAGUGUAAAACAAUCAAAUGUGAUCCAUCAUACCAUUCAUAAUUCUCUAUAAGAUUUCUUGCAUAUUUACAUGAACAAGCCCACACUCGGUCCAUUUUUUUAUCAUAAUUUUGUCAAUCAUCUUAUUUCCAGAGUGGAUUGUUGUUAUUAAUGUUCAUUUCACUGUUGUCCCACAAUGAAAAACUAUUUGAAGAUGGAAGAGUGUUAUCUUCAGGAACAGCGUGAAAACAAGAAAGGUUAAGUCUCUCUUUCUACAACUACAAAUUACAAUUGAAAGUUUUGGUAAAAGUAAUUUUGCCGAAAAAUACCAAUGUGAAGAAUUAACCUUUACUCUUUGGACAAACAUUUUGCUUUCUGUUGAAGCAGGAGCUUUCAAAUCGCACUUUAAUCAGCGUGCAUCGUAUCAUUUCAAGUACAAACCACUACUCCUUAUGGCAGAUUGGUCAGAGUAGUCUAACAAGUAACGACUUCUCAUAGCGCCCUCUACUGGUUGUGUUCAGUACUUUUCCAUAUCUAACAGUUCAAUUAUUGUUAAUAAAUAUUGCUUAUAACAAUGUGCUUCAUUCUGUGUUACAACUGUUGGGAUUCCAGGUCAUUCCUAACUAAUUGUUUAUGUUUGUUAAACAACCAGCAGAGGCGCUGUUUGUCAAGAUCCUUCCCGUAUUUCAUUAUUUGCCUCAGAAACCGGAAAAUGAGGCACAGCCUUUUUUUUUUUUAUAAAUAUACUUUCACUUAACUGUGGGAGGGACAUCUGUAAAAGAUGCCAUUCAUUUUAAUUGUUAAAAAAAAUUGUUGAAACUCAAAAUGAAAAGUAACUGAAAUACAACAGUUGCACAACGAAUAGAAUAUGCACUCAGCAUUAUACCACUCAUAUCUUUAAUUAUAUCCAUCGAACUGUCACUUCGGGUAAGUCAUGUACCAAACUGACAUCCACAUUACAUUAAAUUGGCCUUAAAUGUAACUAAAGCUAUAAAUACUAGCAAUCUAGUUAAACUAGUAAAUAAGUGUGGAGAAAAAAAGAGUAGUGUGUGUAGUGGCCACUAUGAACACUCUGCAAAUGUUAAUGUAUUCUUGCAACUCAAACGAAACCAAAAAGAGAAAAAAAGAUUUAAUAUUUCUGUACUUUAAGCUCCAAAAGCUCAGAUGCGUCUUUUUUUGGUUUUGUAUGUUGUACUCACUGAUUUUUAUCAAUACAUCUGCAGUGUCAGUGGGAGUUUACUUAUUUAUUUUUUUUACUUUUCAGUCUGCUUACAAUGGAGAUCAUCUCUUGUGACUCUUGCCCUGUUUAUUUUUCCUGUUUUUGCCAAAACCACAAAGCAUUUAGUCAGUGAUGGGACUCAGCAGAAAUACUAGUGCUGUGAUGUUACUGGCUGAUUAUGGCCUUUUCUGUAAUUAUCUGUGUUGGCACAUAUUCCAACCAUAAUGCACAAAUAAUAAAAAGUAUUUAAACAAUAA